AUGUCACACCAGAUUACCCGAUCGCCGGAGCAAGAAGGAGCCGGGAAUCUGCUAGCCAUGCUCAAUCAACCGCCGAGCAGACCGGAGGGAUAUCAGCCCAGGAGACCUGAUCAAGCUCUGAACAGAGCGUGCGAAGCCUGUCGAACAUCGAAGGUUCGAUGCCUGGCUAACCCGGACCUCAAAUCGAACGUGUGCCAACGAUGCGCCAAAGCUGGGAGAUCGUGUGUCUUUGCACCGCCAGUCAAGAGGAGACAGAGGAAAAGGACAGACGUGAGAGUCGCAGAACUCGAAAAAGAGAUCAAGAAGAUGCAGUCGCUCAUAAAGGGCCCCAACCAGUCUAUGUCCGGCGCCAGCGACCACGAGUCUGCGGAUGACGAGUCCGAGAAGUGUAAUGAUGCAGAAGAGUCUCCGUCACUCGAGUCUCAGAGACACGGGAGCACAACGACAACGACAUCAGCAUUCACGCAUCACUGGCCCAAUGUAGUGGGCCUCAAGUCCCCGGGAGACGCUGCAGCUCCCGCUCCUGCGAGCAAUUGCGGCCCCAGGGACCUGCUUGGGCCCGUCGACGACAUCAUCGAUCGUGGCGUGAUUACGCAGGAACUCUCAGAGGAGCUGCUCAACAUCUGGCGCAACGAUCUGGUCGCUGCAAGCCCCGGCAUCUCCAUUCCAAGAGACUGGACGGCGAUGGAUCUGAGGCAGAAGAAGCCGUCUCUGUUCUAUGCCAUAAUGGCAGCAGCGGCACAUUCGAAAGGUUCCAUGCUGUCGGACAAGCUGCACGAGGAAGCAGUCUACCUGUACGCGCGCACUGCCUUCAUUAACGGCGAGAAGUCGGUGCAGACCAUACAAGCACUGCUGGUGACGGUGGCAUUCUACUCGCCGCCAAAGACACCAGGGCAGCUGCAGAUCUACCAGUGGGUGAACAUGGCAGCCAGCAUGGCGCUGGAGCUGGGGCUUGCGUCGAAACCGCGAACGCACGAACAGCUCCCGAAACGGGCUAUUCGAUCACUACAGAAAAUCUCGUCGCCGGAGGAACUACUCGAGCACUGUCGAACCGUGCUCUACCUGUACGUUGUGUGCGCAGGAUUCUCCAUGAGGCUGAAGCGGCCGAACAUACUUCUAUUCAACAGCUGGAUGGAGGAGUGCUUGACGAUGCUGGAGAAGUCGCCUCUGCAAAACGACCAGCGCACUCUGGCAUGGCUCAAGCUCCAACGCAUAGCAGACGAAGCAAACACAGCGUUCGGCUUCGACGACGCGAGCACCAGCUUCAGCCUUUCAGAGCUGCGCAUGCAGAUGAUCCUGCGCAUCUUCGAGCGCAGGAUGCACGAUUGGAAGAAGUCAGUGCCCAAGAACGUCUUGAGCUUGUCGCUAACAAUGGAAUACCAUCAGAACAUGCUCUCGAUGUGGGAAUUCGGCAUGGACGGCGGCCGCUACGACGUGACCGAGUUCCGAAACCGCCAUCUCACGCUGCCCGCCCUCGACGACGAUUCCGUGCAGCCCGAGUCGCUCCUGUCGCGCUCAGCGCUGCAGAUCAACGCCACGACAAAGUGCAUCAUCGAAGCACACGCUAUCCUCGAGUGCUUCAUCCAGAUCCCCACCGACACUUUGCAGAAGGCGCCCAACCUGCUCUUCGUGCGCGCCAUCUACGCGCUGGUGGCGCUCAUGAAGGCAGACUACGCCGUCGGCACCGACCCCGAGAUGGGCGAGAUCCUCGACUCGCAAAGCCUCAAGGUCGACUUCUACCUGCAGACGGUGCUGAAGAAGAGCUCGGCCGCCAUUGGGCCGCAGAAAUGCCGCAUGCCCACGCACUGGACGUUUGUGCUCGAGGUCAAGCUGAUGUCGUGGCGCGAUGAGUAUCUCGAGUGGCGCCGCGCAGGCCGGCACCUCAAGCGGAGGAAAGUCCACGACGGAACCAACGCAAACACAAGCACGGCGCGGUCGCCGAGAUUCGCAGCGCACAAAGACAAACACCAGCCCCACGAGCCCGUCUCCCAGACCCAGGCUGCGCCCGACCCGCAGCGCCACCUGCAGCCGCAGCACGCCACGCUCGCGGGCUCUAGCUUCGGGCUCUCGACGCCGUACGCGUGGACGGCGGGCAUGGCGACGGGAGAGCCGUCGUUUACGCCCGACAUGGGCGACUUCUCCGCGGCGUUCCAGAACGGCGACUUGUAUCUGUGGAACGACGUCAACGACAACUUUGGCGGCUGGAUACCGCAGGGCGGCAGCUCGUACACGGACAUGGGCUUCGGGCCGCUGAACGGGGGGGAGUACUGA